AUGCCCGCCCCUGCAGGCACGAUAACAGAAGAUGCUUUAAAUGUGGUAGCUUUAACCAUUUUAAGCGCGAAUGUCCAGAUAGAGCAAGAACUGCGGGAAAGCAGCAAGCGAUCCCCACAGGUUCUGGGAGAGUCCAUUUGUUCAUCAUUUGCUAAGUCUAAAAGCAAACUCAACACUAUGAGCCUGAGUCUGUGCCUUCUCCUGAUCAUUCUGGCUGUUUGUUGCUAUGAAGUUAAUGCCACCAGCAUUGCCUGUGAUGAUGUUAUAUAUGAAAGCAUUAUGUUCAUACUGAAGUGUGAGGAAGAAAUGAAGAUAGAACUUGAGAAAUACAAUGCACCUCUAGAGGCUAUUGAAGCAAAACUGGAAGUGAAGAGAUAUGUGGACCAGAUGAGCUUUGAAGACAGAUCUAUAGUAGCAGACAUACUCGUAAAAGUUUUAGAGCAAUGUGACUAG